AUGGCAGACCAGCGAAAGGAGCAAGACGAAACGGAGAUCACUCUCGACCAUGAGGAGAAUGUGCAACAGGAACAGCCAGCGGAGGCACUCUGGAGGGAGGUUUUAAAGCAUUGGAGAGUUCUUUUAUGGUGCCUUCUCAUAUUCCUCCUGCCCAUGAACUUUGGUUACGAGAAUGCCAUCGUCGGUAAUCUCCUGGCUAUGCCCCAGUUCCUCGUACGAUUCGGACACCAGGUCAAUGGAACUUGGGUUCUGAGCGCUCGGGAUCAGCAGAUUCUCAAUGGUGCAUUGUCUGUUGGGGUGUUCUGUGCUGCAAUCAUCACAGGCUUCCUGUCCGAUGCCUAUGGUCGGAAAAAGGCCAUCAUGAUUGGCAGUAUUAUCUGUUGUGCUGGUGUUAUGGUCCAAUACUAUGCUACAAGCAUCUUGAUGCUUUUUGGUGGGAAAGUUGUCGCAACCCUGGGGUUUGGGAUUGGUCAUUCUGUAGCACCAGUCUUUGUAUCAGAGCUGGCACCGAGCUCAUUGAGAGGAAUCUGCCUUGCGCUCAUUGUGAGUAUUGUCUUCUUAGCGGCAAGAACAAUUCUCCCCGAGUCGCCAACCUGGUUCCUCAUAAAGGACCGUCAUGACGAAGCCCGAAAGGCGUUUCAACGAUUUAACGGUCCGCACUUCGACAGCGGACCCGCCCUUAAUCACACUUUGGCAGCCAUUGUGGUCGAGAAGGAGAAUACAAGUGGUAAUCACUCUUGGAUCGAGCGCUUCCAGCAGCCCAAUCUACGAAGGACGACAAUUGUUGUCAUGACCUACCUGGCCCAGCAGCUGAUUGGAGUUAACUUCAUUGCUGGUUAUCUCGCCUACUACUAUGCGCUGGCGGGAGUGAAUCACCCUGUUGCCAUUGCUCAGCAAUCAUAUACAAUCCAGGUCUUUGGCAAUAUGUGCUCAUGGCCCCUGAUUGAGCGUGUUGGCCGGCGCCGACUCAUCGUGGGCGGCUGCAUCAUGAUGACAACCAUGUUGCCCGUCAUCGGUGGCAUAAACAUCCUGAAUACUCCCACAGCACUCAAAGUCACCGUGGCACUCAUGACUGUUUGGGGCUUCCUGUACCAAGCGACUCUGGGAGCAUGUGCAUACGCUAUUGGAGGUGAAAUCCCAAGCCCUGCUGUGCGCCAGAAGACCUACGCCCUCAACAUGGUGGCCACGACAAUAUCAUCCACGGUGGUGUACCAACUCAUGCCGAUCCUGAUUAACUCAGACAAAGCUAACCUGGGUGGGAAAAUUGCGUUUGUUUUCUUUGCUCCCUCUGUUCCCAUGUGCUUCUAUCUGUUUUUCUGUCUACCAGAGACUAGGGGCCGCAGCUUUGACGAGCUGGAGGAGAUGUUUCAAGCCCGUGUUCCAUCUCGCAAGUUCAAAUCAUAUCAGACCUCGCUCACUCCGGCUGCGGUAUUAGAAGGCAAAUUCGAGGGCGAUAUCGGCACUGCGUGA